AUGUCCCUCGCCGUGGCUGAUACGACAAACACGACGACGACGACGACAGCAGCUGAAACCCUUGUAUCGCCGACAGCCGAAGAAAGGAGCAAUCGGAGUGGGAAACAGCAGCCAAUUACCCUGAUUUUGCCCACCAGCGGUAAGCUAUUUUUCGAAAAGAAGCAAGAAUUUCAACUGUGCAAGCCCCAGCUGCUGCCGCUAAAAUCGUUCAGCCUGGAGAAGCUGGAAAGAAUGCACCAGGAAGCGCAGCGACAGUUGCAAGAAACACGCGCCCGAACCGCUGCCUCCAAGAGCGCCAACGUCUUCUAA